AUGAAUUACAGGUAUAAAAGAAUCCGUAAGGCAGAGGAUAAACAACGACUUCAAGAACUCGAUAAAUUGAAACUGAAAAGAAAAGCUGAAAAGUACACUGUUCGGCGCAGCGAUCCAUUCAUUCAGAGAUUACGCGUUGUUGCUCCUCAUGGAAAGAUUACCAAGGAACACACUCGAUUGAUUUGUCAACGUUGUAGUGGUUUGGGUCAUAUUUGGAGCGAAUGUGCUCGUCCUGAAGCUCCACGUUCAACACUCAAAUUGAUUACUGAGAAAAUGGAAGAAUUCAUUCAAGUAUUUUUUGUGCAUCUUAAUGAUGAUAAUUUGGUUGAUUUCUCUGAAAAAUUUGAAAAGUUUAUCAUUAUGGAUGGGAUUGAAAAUAAUGGAACAGUUGAUCCAGUUGGACUUCAGUUACAAACUCGCUGUAAUCGUGGAGUUGUUACAAAGGGAGAUUUGCGAGAUUUGUGUAAAAAUUGUGCUUCUCUUGGGCAUGUUCCUGCUGAUUGCGGUCAGAGAUCUAUUUGCUCUAGACAACAUUACGAGAAAAUGCUUAAGCUUGUCGAUGCAUAUCGUGCGUUGGUUAAAGAAGGAAAUGGGAAUUUCUUUUUGCCUCGUAUAAAUCAAUCUCAAAAUCAACAACAACCUCAUUCUUCGAAUAUCAGUCACUCUUAUUCUACUGUGGUUAGACUUGUUGGAACAAAAGAACCAGAGAUCGUUUUGGUUGAUUCAGAUGAUGAAGGAUCGAAUGUCAAGCGUAAAAGUAAUCGAAAAAAGUAA